GCAGGCUUGAUCACAUAGCAUAUACAGUAGAAGCGAACAAACGAAAAAAAAAAAACAAAAUAAUAAUACUGCUUAAAAUCAAGAUGUCAUCCGAAGAAGAGGUAUACACGGAGGAGGAGACUGAUCAGGCCAUGUCCUUCAUUCGUGAGCAUGACCUGCCCAUGUCGGAGCUGCAGUAUGCACUCAGAUAUGUCCGCAUUCUGCGCGAAAACAAAUCACUGAGCGAUCAGGUUAUGGGAAUCCGUGAGCCACAGAAUCCUGUUGCUGAGGUGGCGCCACCGUCAUUCGACUGGAAUGACAAGGAGAAUAAAGCCGUGGCCCGGGAUCCAUAAUUGCAUUAAAUGUUUUUAAGUUUUUUUUUAUUGAUUUGCGUUCUGCCUUCUGCCCUCUAAUUGUCAACGAUCAAAGCGCAAUUUUAAUUAUUCGAAAAUAUGUAAACAAGUUUCGCAAUAGUUGGCAAUGGCUAUAUUAACAAUUGUAAUGCAAAAUUAAAGAUAUUUUUUCUGUGCCAGC